AUGGCAAAAGGUAGAAUAAGGGCAAAGCUCCGGCGGAGCAGCCUCUACACAUUAGCUAACAUACGAACAAAACCAUCUUACAAAAAGGAAGAAGCUACCAGAGGAGAGUUAUCAGGAUACCCUCGUGUCAUCUACAUCAAUCGACCCACCUCUGAAGAAACACCCAACUUUUGCUCAAACUACGUCUCUACAACCAAAUACACUUUCCUCAACUUCCUCCCCAUCGCGUUAUUCGAGCAAUUCAAUCGCGUCGCCAACUUCUACUUCCUAGUCGCCGCCGGUUUAACAUUCACCGAUUACGCCCCCUUUGAUUGGCCCAGCCAAGUCGUGCCCUUAGCGUUGGUCGUUGGGUUUAGUCUAGCCAAAGAGCUUUAUGAAGAUCUUCAGAGAUUUUGGCAAGAUAAAGCAGCGAAUUGUCGAAAUGCCAACAUUCAUGUCGGAAAUGGUGAGUUUGGGUCGAAGCAGUGGCGUGAGGUUUGCGUUGGAGAUAUAGUGAAAGUGAAAAAAGAUGAGUUUUUUCCUGCUGAUUUGUUGUUGCUGCAAUCGAGUUAUGAAGAUGGAAUGUCGUAUGUUGAGACUAUGAACUUGGAUGGGGAGACAAAUUUGAAGGUGAAAAGGGCUUUGCAGAAUCUUUCAUUUCCGUUAGUCGAAGAUGAAAAAGCUUCACAUUUUCAGGAUUUUAGCGCCACGAUUCAUUGCGAAAAUCCAAACCCGAAUCUCUAUACGUUUAUGGGUAAUCUAGAUUACGAUGGUCGUAUAUAUCCCCUUGAACCUGCACAGCUUCUUCUUCGAGAUUCGAAGCUUCGAAACACUGAAUAUGUGUUUGGUGUUGUGGUUUUCACCGGAAAUGAUACGAAAGUGAUGCAGAAUACCACGCAAUCAUCGGCUAAAAGAAGCAAAAUCGAGCUUCAGAUGGAUAAGAUCAUUUACUUGUUAUUCGGGUUACUGAUCGUGAUAUCGAUUGUUAGUGCUUCAGGGUUCGGUUUAGCAGUUCGAAAUUCGGUUCCGAUAUGGUGGUACUUGAUGCCACAAAUACCGGGAGAGGAUUUCGAUCUAAAUAACUUCUUCGUGUCUGGAUUAAGACAUCUUGUAACUGCACUUAUGCUAUAUGGUUAUCUUGUCCCGAUUUCGCUCUAUGUUUCGAUCGAGGCGGUGAAGAUUCUUCAAGCGAGUUUCAUCAACAGCGAUAUACAUAUGUACGAUGAAGUUAGCGGCGUCCCAGCGAAGGCUAGAACCUCGAAUUUGAACGAGCAAUUGGGUCAAAUCGAUACCAUUCUUUCGGAUAAAACCGGGACGUUGACGUGCAACCAAAUGGACUUCCUCAAGUGUUCGAUCGCGGGGUGUCCUUAUGGGAAGCGGCUGAGUGAAGUUGAACUCGCGGCUGCGAAACAACUGGCUGCUGAAAUCCAAGAUGCGGAGUCUUUCGAUGGAAAUAUGAGCGAUCCUGCAACGUUAGAAGCGAUUACGAUCACGGACAAUGGGAAUACCGACAAGAAAGAACCGAUCAAAGGGUUUAGCUUUCAAGAUGAUCGAUUACAAAAUGGGAAUUGGUUGAAAGAGCCAAAUGCAGAUGUGAUUCUGCUGUUUUUUCGUAUUCUUGCCGUAUGUCACACAGCAAUACCUGAAGUGAACGAGAAGACCGGCGAGCUAAGUUAUGAAGCCGAGUCACCCGAUGAAGGUGCAUUCCUUGUCGCAGCUCGAGAAUUCGGGUUCCAUUUUAUCAAGAGAACGCAAAACAGCGUCAUUAUUAAGGAGAAACUUAGUGUAAACCAAGAACCAACUGAAAAGGAAUACAAGAUCCUAACUCUGUUGGAUUUCACCAGCAAGAGAAAGAGAAUGUCUGUGAUCAUCCGUGAUGAAACGGACCAAAUUCUUAUGUUUUGCAAAGGUGCAGACACCAUCAUCUUUGAUCGAUUAGCGAGUAACGGAAAGAUGUUUCUCGAAUCCACAACAAAGAACUUGAACGAUUACGGGGAUGCCGGCUUACGUACGUUAGCGCUCGCUUAUAAGAAACUCGAAGAAACCGAGUACACGAAUUGGUACGAGAAAUUCCACAAGGCUCAGAUAGCCAGUGGUCCAGAUAGAGAGGAAAUACUAGAAGAACUAUCUGAUUCAAUGGAAAGAGAACUAACCCUUGUGGGUGCAACUGCUGUAGAAGAUAAGCUACAAAAAGGGGUUCCUCAGUGUAUCGAUAGAUUGGCUCUAGCGGGUCUUAAGAUUUGGGUUCUAACCGGCGAUAAGAUGGAAACCGCGAUCAAUAUCGGGUUUUCGUGUAGCUUGUUACGGCAAGGGAUGAAACAGAUUUGUAUUGUCGUGAGUGCAGAAAUGUUGGCUCAAGAUGCUAAAGAUGUUAUAAAAGAGAACAUCUUGAAACAGAUUACCAGUGCCUCACAAUCACUCAAAGGGAAAAAAGACCCGCACGUCGCAUUUGCGUUGAUCAUCGAUGGUAAGACGUUGACAUACGCUCUCGAGGACGAUAUGAAGUUCCAGUUCUUGAAUCUAGCGGUUAAUUGCGCGUCUGUCAUAUGUUGUCGAGUGUCGCCACGACAGAAAGCUUUGGUGGUUAGAUUAGUGAAAGAAGGGACGGGAAAAACAACGUUGGGGAUCGGUGAUGGUGCAAACGAUGUGGGUAUGAUCAAAGAAGCCGAUAUCGGCAUUGGUAUUAGCGGUGUCGAAGGGAUGCAAGCCGUGAUGGCUAGCGAUUUCUCGAUCGCGCAGUUUCGGUUCUUGGAACGACUCUUGAUUGUUCAUGGACAUUGGUGUUACAAGAGAAUCUCCAAGAUGAUAUGUUACUUCUUAUACAAAAACAUAACAUUAGCCCUUACAUUAUUCUACUUCGAAGCCGAAACCGGCUUCUCGGGUCAAAUGCACUACGACGAUUGGUAUAUGUUGCUAUACAACGUCUUCCUUACCUCAUGUCCGGUCCUCGCCCUCGGGGUUUUGGAGAAAGACGUAUGCGCAGAGUUCUGCUUACAGUUUCCUGCAUUAUAUCAACAAGGUCCAAAAAACUUGUUUUUCGAUUGGUACAGAAUAAUCGGGUGGCUCGCAAACGGAGUUUACGCUUCUUUUGUGAUCUAUCUCGUUAAUCUUUAUAUCUUCAGUCCCGAAUCCUUCCGAAAAGAAGGACAAACAGCCGAUAUGUAUGUUAUAGGUACAGCUAUGUUUACAAGCAUCAUAUGGGUAGUAAAUGUUCAAAUCUUUCUUAUUUCGCAUUACUUGACUCGAAUCCAAUUACACACGAUAUGGGGUAGUAUCGUCGUAUGGUACUUAAUAGUUUACGUGUACGGAAUGAUGCCGGUCGGAUGGUCAGCGGGUAACAUUUAUCAGCAACUUCCCGAAGUUCUUGGACCGUCGGAAACUUUCUACUUAUCGACAAUCUUCAUAACGUUGUUAUGUAAUAUGCCGUACCUCAUUCACAUAUCGUAUCAGAGAUGUUACAAUCCAGAAGAUCAUCAUGUUCUUCAGGAGAUGAAGAACAUGAGAAAAGAUGUUACAGAUAAGAAGAUGUGGAAAAAGGAACAAUCAAAGGCAAGGCAAGAAACAGAGAUAGGAGUAUCAGCGAGAGUCGAUGCGAAGAAGAGGCACAUGAAAGGGAAAAUGAGUCGGAAAUAUUCAUCGCUUGCUUAUCGUUCUACGUAA